GGAUGGAACCAACCUCAAAAUCCGGCGGACGGAGCCGCUCCGCUCGGGUUGGAAAUAUCAGGCCACCCUCAGCCUUAUCCCUCACGGUACUCUCUCUCUCACCCUCCACUCGCAUCUCACCCAGAGCCGCCGCCAGGGUCGAAGGCCACGACCGCCCGCCCGGCCGCCGGCCACCACCGCCCGCCCGCCCGCCCGCCGGCCAGGACCGCCGGCGCCGCCAGCCAGGCCCGCACGCCGCCGACCCCGCCCGCUGUCUCCUUUCCCGGCCGCCCCGCCGGCGCGCCGGACCCGCCUGGAAGCCGCUCUCCUGGCCGGCGGCCGCGCCCGCCCGCCCGCCGGUCCCCUGCCCAGAAGCUCCGCCCGCCGGUGUCCCAACCCCCGCCAGGCUCCUGCGCCGCCAGGCCGUCGGCGCCGCCCCACCGUUCCCCUCCCUCCACCGGUCCCCUCCAUUGCUCAAGAUGGAUAAGAGGACCAAGGUAUUCAUUUGUGCUGCUGCUUCAUAUUGGUUCUUGUCGGUCAUGGCAAUUAUUGGUCGGUCUAGAAAAAGAAAACGAGUUGCAAGAAGGGAAGGGAUUACUUAUGCCCCAAUGUUUGAAAGGGAUAGGAAGAGGAUUGACUACCUGAAUGACAAAAUUUGGAGGAAUGACACAACUUGUGUAGACAUGCUGAGAAUGAACAAAGCACGUUUCUUUCGGUUUUGUCAGUUGUUUAGAGAUCAUGCUUUACUUGAAGAUACCGUUCAUAUGUGUGUUGAGCAGCAAGUGGCAAUGUUUCUACAUACUGUUGGACAUAAUGUUAGGAAUAGAGUAAUUGCAACCAAUUUUGGUAGAUCCGGAGAAACGGUCAGUCAUUAUUUUAACAAAGUACUUCAUGCUAUUGGUGAGCUACGAGAGGAUUAUAUUAGGCCCCCUUCAUUGGACACUCCCACUAAAAUAGAAGGAGACACAAGGUGGUAUCCUUACUUUAAGAUCGGAGCUCGUGCAGUGGCCUGUCGCUCUACCGUUCACCUCUGCAGCAGGCUUGCAGGAAUCCAAAGGGCUCCUUUGAUCAGCUAUGGUUUGAUGUUGGUGGUUUCUGCUUGUCAGAUCAAUCCAAGGAAACGCCUAAACCCCACCAGCAGAGGCCCGAACCCUAAGCACAGUGCUUCCCAAUCCCCAAUGGCCACGUCCUCGCCGCCGCCGCCGGCGGCCGCGCAUGGCGCGUUGACGGAGCAGAAGUUCUUGGAGAUGUCCCCUGCGCUAUCCGCAGAGGUGGUGGAGGCACUACACCGCGGCGGCUUCCGGCGUUGCACGCCGGUGCAGGCGGCGACCAUCCCGCACCUUCUGUCACAUAAGGACGUUGCAGUCGACGCCGCUACCGGCUCCGGGAAGACCCUUUCCUUCAUCGUUCCCGUCGUCGAGAUCCUCCGCCGCCGCUCCUCCCCGCCCAAGUCCCAUGAGGUUCUUGCUGUCAUCGUCUCUCCCACGAGAGAAUUAUCCUCGCAGAUAUACAAUGUGGCGCAGCCCUUCUUCGCGACACUGAAGGGCGUGUCGUCCAUGGUCCUGGUUGGUGGGCUGGACAUCAAAGCAGAGCUCAAGAGAGUGGACGAACAGGGUGCAAACAUAUUGGUGGGCACUCCUGGGAAGCUGUGCGAUGUUAUGCAGCGAGAAGACACUCUAGAUUUUAAGAAUCUUGAGAUUUUGAUUCUGGAUGAGGCUGAUAGGCUCUUAGACAUGGGAUUCCAGAAACAGAUUAACUUCAUACUUUCAAAGUUGCCGAAGCUUAGGAGGACUGGGUUGUUCUCAGCUACCCAGACAAAAGCUGUUGCAGAACUUUCCAAAGCAGGGUUGAGGAAUCCUAUGAGGGUUGAGGUUAAGACAGAAGCAAAGGCGACAAGCAAAGGUCCCGGUCAACAAGAGCUUGGCCCAUCCAAAACACCAUUGGGGCUUCGGUUGGAGUAUAUGAUAUGUGAAGCAUCAAAAAAGUCGUCUCAGCUUGUUGAUUUCCUUGUUCAGAACAAUGGAAAGAAAAUAAUGGUAUAUUUUGCAACAUGUGCUUGUGUAGAUUAUUGGGCCGUGGUUCUUCCACUGCUUAACUCAUUAAAAGGUUCACCAAUAAUUGCCUACCAUGGGAAGAUGAAACAGGGGCCUCGAGAGAAAGCUUUGGCAUCAUUUUCUGCUCUUUCAAGUGGUAUUCUAGUCUGCACUGAUGUUGCAGCAAGGGGCCUGGACAUACCAAGUGUUGAUCUGAUUGUGCAGUAUGAUCCACCUCAAGAUCCCAAUGUUUUCAUACAUAGAGCUGGCCGAACCGCACGUUAUGAUCAAGAAGGAGAUGCUAUUGUAUUUCUCUUACCAAAGGAGGAUACUUAUGUUGAGUUCUUGAAGCUUCGAGGUGUUCCUCUCACAGAAAGGGAAUGUCCCUCAAACACUGAAGAUGUUGUACCACAGAUUAGAAGCGCUGCACUCGAAGAUCGCAAUGUCAUGGAGAAAGGACUUAGAGCAUUUGUUUCAUUCGUUCGAGCAUACAAGGAGCACCACUGCUCUUACAUUUUCAGAUGGAAAGAUCUUGAGAUUGGAAAGCUAGCUAUGGAGUAUGGUUUGCUCCAGAUCCCAUCCAUGCCAGAAGUGAAGCAUCAUUCUCUUUCACUGGAGGGAUUUAUUCCUGUUGAUGAUGUUGAUGUUACACAAAUCAAGUACAAAGAUAAAGCCCGAGAAAAGCAACGCAAGAAGGCAUUGAAAAGGAAAGCAGAAGAGGAAGCUCAGACCCCAAAGCCAGAGAAGAAGAGAGCUCGGGAGAAACCUGAGAAACCAAAGCGAAAGAAGACAGGCAAGCAGCGGCAAUCCAUCCAAACCAAGGAGGACCUGGAUGAGCUGGCGCAUGAGUACCGGCUUUUAAAGAAGCUGAAGCGUGGAGACAUCGAUGAGGACGAGUACGAGAAGCUCACCGGGUUCGGAGACUCUGAUGGUGAAGCCUCAUAUGGGGAUGCGAGCGACUUGGACGAGAGGAAGGAGAGGGGCAACAAGGCACAAAAGAAUCUCAAGCAGAGAGGGAAGGGUAGAGGAGGGUCUAGGAGGUUUGAAGGGAAGAGUAAAAUGAGGAGCAAAAGGAGAUAGGAAUACAUACAAUGUUGUUGGGAAGACCUUUUUUUCGGCAAUCAUGAUUAAAUCUUUCACACUUUUCUGAGGAUGUUUGCGCAAGGA